AUGUCAGGAGCAGCAAAGUUUUUUGGUGCCGUCGACGAAGAGGACGAUCGUUUUCAAAGUUUUUCUAGUGAAGAUGAAGACAAUGAGAAAGUAUCUAGAGCUACGAUACAAUCGUCGAGAAAUGACAAAAGCGGCAGCGGAAAAGCUUUUAAGGGUGUUUUGGAUAAUGCAUCUGAAGACGAGGAGAAUGAAGGAGACGAUGCAGAAGAUAAUAGCGAUGCUGAGCUAUACGUGGGAGGUGAUUCUGGGGAAGACAGUAAUGAAGAAAAUGCAAAGGCUGUUAAGCCAGAGAAGCCUUUGAAUAAGAUCUCUCUAGAAGAAGUUGAGAAGAAGAAAAAAGCUAUUAAACGUUCCGGCGUUAUUUACUUAUCAAAAGUCCCUCCUUAUAUGGAACCUAGUAAGCUUCGACAACUUUUAUCGCAAUAUGGUAAACUCGGUAGAAUAUACCUUGCCCCAGAAUCUGCUCAAAAACGAGCUAGACGUUUAAAAAAUGGCGGAAACAAAAGAACCAUGUACGAAGAGGGAUGGGUAGAAUUCGAAAGUAAACGUGCUGCCAAGACUGUUGCUGACAUGCUAAAUACUGAAAAAAUUGGCGGAAAGAAAACAAGCUGGUACUAUGAUGAUAUCUGGAAUAUGAAGUAUCUUCCUAAAUUCAAAUGGCAUCACUUAACUGAACAAAUCGCUGCGGAAAAUGCUGCCAGGGCCACCCGUUUGAAUGUUGAGAUUGAGCAGGGCCGUAAGCAGGUGAAGGAGUACAUGAAGAACGUUGAACGUGCCAAGAUGAUUGAAGGUAUUCAGAAGAAGCGAAAAGAAAGAAGCAAUUCUUCAGAAACUCCUAUAUCUAGUAAUGAUAAUCCUGUUGAGAACGUUGCUCCGAACAAACAAAUGCGACGUUUCUUUGACCAAAAAAGCGUUACCAAUAAACGCGUUAUGCCUAAAAAUGAAAACGAACAACGAAAAGUUGAGAACGUUCUUAGUAAGGUGCUUUAG